UGAACAUGAAAAUCUAACAGCUUUGUGUAUGUACAGUGCUGAUGGUGUUCAAGCUCCUGUGAUGACGUUAUACCCUUAUAAAGAGAAGAUACCAAAAAAUAUUAUAGAAAAGCUUCCAAGUGAUUGGGCUGCUGGAGUUUCAGAAAAUGGUUGGAUGACCAUCGAAACUUUCUACGAGUACAUUACAAAUAUUUUUUACCCUUGGCUUUUGAAAAAAAAUAUUGAUUUUCCUGUGAUUCUUUAUUUGGAUGGUCAUUCGUCACAUAUUACUGUGCCACUAGUAAUAUUUUGCAGAGAGAAGCUAAUUGAGUUGAUUUCAUUUGUGCCUCACUCGACACACAUAAUGCAACCAUUAGACAUUGCCUUUUUUGGUCCAUUAAAGGACAAAUGGAAGCAAACGGUUCCUCGAUGGAAAACUCAAACAGGCAAAACUCGAAUGAAGAAAGAAGAUUUUGCUUCAGUGCUGAAGAUGACAAUUGAUUCUUUUACUGGUGUUAAUAAAGCUAUUACAAAUGGCUUCAGAGCAGCUGGACUUGUGCCCUUUAACCCCGAUGCACCUGAUUAUAAUAUAUUGGACAAAACAAAAAAAAAGAAAAAAAACGAAUCUCAUAAUCAACCAAAUUCAGAAACUGUUUCAAGAGAAAUAGAUCAAAGUUCAACUACUGAUCUUGCAAACUUUGAAAAAAGAUUACAACCUGAUUUGUUAGAAGAAUUUCUUAAAUGUGAAAGAACACAAUCAUGGACCGGUGAACUAAAAUUUACAGGACUCUUUGAAUACUGGAUGCAGCUCAAAACAGAAGCAUCGGAAUCUCAAGUUGGGAAUGAAGUUCGGAGGUCUCAUCAAUUAGUUAAUGAUUUGAACUUACUAGAAAACAUUAAUGUUAUCAAUCAUACAUAUACUUUUAAUGCAAAGUUCCUCUGUGAAAAAAAUAAUUCUGAAAAUGGUCUAUUGAAUGAAAGUGAUAUGGAACUGAUAAAUGAAGAAUUAGUAAUAAAUCAACCUGUCUUAGUAUCAGAGUUACCUCCUGUAAAUUGUUCGAGUUCUGAGAAAAUUUUUGAAGAUUUAUCCAACAACAAUUACAGCUUCGUAAAAGAAUUACUACCUUCAGAACUACCUCAAAUGAUUUGCUUCAGCCCUGCACAAAUUCUGCAAGACUUACCCAAUAACACAUUGAACACUACGAAUGAACAAAUAUCAAUCAGUGAGUCAAAUCCUGGAAAUUUUUUAAAGAUCGAAAAAUUAAAUGUACCUGAAGACCUUGAAAUAAUUAUUUUAAAUGAAGAAAAUGAAAAAAUUGUUUCAACUGAAAAUCCUUCAGUUGAAUCUGAAAUAUCUCAAGGCAGUAAUGAUAAGCCACAGAAAGCAGACCAAGGAAAUAGUUUUGACCACACUAGUGCAAUAAAAAAUCCAGAAGUUGAAUCACAGUCAAACUUUCAUGUUAAAACUGACGACUUUAAGCCAAAAGCUAUUGAACGUAUUGGUGAUACUGAUAGCGAUUCUAAGAGCUGCAAAAAUUUAGAAAAUCUAGAUAUAAAUUUCAAAACGGAGGAUGCUUUCAAUAAAGCUUUUACUCUUCCAACAAAAUAUCUUCCAAAAAAACGGAGAGCAAAAUUUGAAAAAACAGGAAAAGAAAAGCGGCCAUGUGUAGGCACAUCAGAUGGUUGGUUAGAGACAGAGCUUAAGAAAGAAAAAAUAAAGGAAGAAAAAGAGGCUAAAAUAGCUAGAAAAAAAGAAUUGCAAGAAGGAAAAAAGAAAAUUGAACAACAAAAGAAAGAUUUACAACAGAAAAUUAAAGAAUUACAAUUAAAAAUAAAAAAUGAAAAACCUUAAGAAUUUAAUGUUUUAAAUAAAUUGACUUAUUAAGAAUUCAAUGUUUAGAGACCUUAAGAAUUUUAUGAUUCAAAUAAAUUACCUUAUUUAGUUAUUUUUGUAAAUCAUAAUAUCAAUUAAGCAAGUUUAUUAACCAUUAUAACAAAAAAUUUUAUUUUCAUUCUAUUUACAAAAGUUUAUUACAGACUAAGGACGAAAAACAUCACGUACAGUGAAUCCUAAUCGAUGUUUCAUAUAAGGGACAUCUUCGUUUGGAACAGUGGGACACGUAAAAAAAAACUGUUUCAUAAGAGGUACAUGCGUUCGUUAUAAAUAUUGAGGUAUUUAAACAAAUUUAAUCCGUCAAUCGCUGUAUAAAUAAUUGAUUUUGAUUUCUGAAGAGUAGCGCCACAUAUAUUAUCAAUUCAAAUGGUAUUUU